AUGGCUGCUGAUGCUCUAGCUCCUGGUAGCUCGAAUGGAAUGCGCAGUAUCUCUCAAGCUGCCAACUUCCCACAUGAAGGGCAGGCACACCAACUGCAGCCGGCAGGGCUUGGAAUACGGCCCAGCUCCUCAGCCCAGACACAGUCGAUCGACACAAGGCUUUGGACCGCGCUGAACGACUUCGCUCGCAAGCAGGAUGAUGGUACUGCGUCCACAAGGACAUCCGACCUCCCAAGCACUGCGUGUCCAAGUAUCUCUGGCGAACCAAGGCUCAGCUCAGGCCGCAUGUUGUUCGAUAGCACAGCUCUGCCUUCCAUGGCACCGCCCAUCAUCAUCCCUCCUUCAGGAGUUGGCACCUUAGCACCAGCAAUGGAGGACUACAGUGCGACGGAGAUCGCCACUCCGAGCUUGAAUGGAACGCCGGACCUUCGAGCAUUUGCAGUUACUGCAACACGUGCUCCACCGGAUGCGCCUGAGGCUCGACACGAUGUGACCUCUGCGACGGCUCAACCGGCGGUCAUCGUUGCGGGGGCACCUACGCCGAUCGACGAUGCGCGUACGGCAGUUCUCCGGGGCUCAGCUACCAAUCUAUCUAUCCACGAAAUGCGCAACAUGCUUCAGACCCUCAGUCGCCGAGUAGAGGUGCUGGAAAGCCAGUCGUUUGCGCAUGUUGCGCCAGAAGACGUGCACGACAGGUUUGAGCAUCACAGCGUACGACUUUCGGACCUAGAGCAAUGGCAAAGAGACACUGAUACCUUCACUAACCAUUCACCGCUCCAUGGUCCGAGCAAUAGCAAGCGUAGACGUCUCAGCUGCAAAGAAGAUGCGUCGGUUGAAUCGGAUGAGUCGUUCGACAGCGCUGCCGCGGCGCAGACCGAGGCUGCAGUUCUGGCGACUAUCGCAGUUAAUGCUGAAACCGGUCCACGUAUUGACGCGCUUGAAGGCCGUAUAUCAGAUCUAGAGAACGCAGCACUGCCUUCCUUCGCGCGUCCAUGGCAUGUUCAGGUGGUCCUGCUCCCGUGGGGUCGCAAUCUCCGUGGCAUUUGGUUCUCAGCCUGUGACGCGACACAGCACUCGCUGAAGAGCUCAACGCAGGCUUCCGACGAGUGGCUCGGGCCCGAGUCUGCCCCAAGACUGUCUUUUCAAGCUUCAAGCAGUCAUGCAUGGACAACUGAAUCUAUCGAAGCUUGGGCCGCUGAUGCGCAUGAGUGGCUGAGCCCAAAGGCCUGCGGUCCGUCAGGAACAGUCUUCAAGCGCCUAGCCAGUCGCGGUCUGGUCCAAGAUAUCACACUGACGUCCGCAUCAUCACAACACAUCAUCGAUGCAAUCUCUACAGCACUCAAUGCCGAUUCUCUAGGCGAGGAUAUGCAGUCUCCGGAGAGUGUAAAGUACCAGGCACUUGGUGAACGCUUUGUUCCCCUCAGGAAGGUUCGGAAGUCAUCACGCUUACGCUUCCUAAGCCCGGCGGAGAUGGUGACAUCCGCAACCUGGACGGCUGGUUGGCUAGACUCUAGUGUGUGCAUGAAGGUUACCGAUGGACAACGACGGCUGUACGUCACCACCCCAGAAGCGUACACUCAGCGUGGCACACAAGGAUCGACGUGGCCAGGGCUGCGAAGGCUUCCGAUCUACGACGCCCAUCCAGACGAGCAAGCUGCACAGGCCACGAAUGCUGUCAUAGAGGCUUGCUGGACCUACAACGACCGUCUAGACCAGGCAUCAAGCGCUGCAGCCUCUUUCGCAAUGUCGCACGAAUCACGUUGGAAUACGCACAGUCAACUGUCUCCGGAUGCUUACAAUGGGAGCGAGCCUACUGCAAGUGACCGACCAGACGUUCAUCAACAUUCGGUUGGCCAUCAUCGGGCUGUCUCAAUGCCCUCUUCUGCAUCCAUAGUGGCCGGCAACAAAGCGUCUCUGCCGAAACGCCGUGUCGCAUCCUUCAAUCUCGCCGCACCCGCUCAGUUCAUUGUGAAUCAGAAGGCGCUAGAUGGUGAAGCUGCUGGAAGAUCUGAGGCCGUGCCAGUUGGCCAAAUCCUGACGCCAGGCGCAAACAAACGGCGCCGGACCUCAAUCACGCCAGAAGCAGAGCGCAGGGGAGUCGGGUUCACCCCACGCAUGUCUCGCGAGCCGCCUUCACCGUACACCUCUGAGCACGUGGGCGACGCUCAGAGCCAGCUCGCUGCCAGCCGCAAGCGUGGAACCACACCUUCUGCAUAUGCAACACCGCACAGCAACAAUACAUAUAUUGGACGACCGGACUUUAGCGGCGAGGAUGGAGACACUGAGGCAGAUACGGUGUUGGAUGUGCCACCGACUGAUCAAGGGGAUGAUGAGUGGCAUGGCGUCGAUACAGGUGCGGACCCGGAUGGGCACUCGAUUGGAGACGACAGCGUCAUGGAUGAGGCUGGGACGACAGCUCAAUAA